CGUACAGUCGUGUGCUACUCGCGUAUUCGCGCUCCGGUGCUCUCCCGCCUUGCCGUCGACUCGCAUCCCGGUGCACACAACCUUCGUGAGUAUCCCGUGUAACCGGUGCUGUGCGUCGUGCGGAGAGAAGCACAAAAAACAAUUACAAAUAAGCGGUGCGCGUAGCAGCGGUGGGUGUGUGGAAAUAAAUUGGAUUUUCGUAUUUCGACGAGACGCGAAGACGGUUUGUGCGAAUCGAUUUUCGCCCAAAUAUUCGCGCGCGCCGAGUGUGCACAGAGAAGUGUCGUGUGCGAGGAGGGAUGUGUUUUUGGCGCCCGCGACUAAAUAUUUAAAUAUUUAUUGCCUGGUGAGAAUAAUAUACAUAAUAAAACAAUUUUUUUUAUAACAAAAUAAACAGAAGACAAUCGGUUGUGGUCUUUCGCCGGACAUCGAUUUCUGAUUUAACCUUAAAAUCACACCUGCCAUACGAGUAUACUGCCUCUGUGUAUUCGUAAAAACAUUGAAAACCAAUUCGCGAACGUAGCAUUCGAUUUUAAAACCACUUUUAACAUAGUAAAAGUAAAUUAAAUCAGUUGUGCUGUGAUUUAAUAUACAACGUGCUGAGCUAGUUUGUGCCCACGUUAUCAUUUUCCGCCGUUGGAGAAUCAAAUAUUGUGCAAGUUGCAAUUAGUUGCUCUAGUCUCGACGCUAAUCAACCACAUAAAACAUUUCGUUUACAAUCCAUCAAGAUGUCGCUGGUCUUUAAGUACAUGGGUGAUAUUAACCGAUUUAUAAACAAAUAUGCAGAUCCAAGAACGUCACAUCUACCGCUUAUAUCGAGUCCAUUUUACACGCUAGGCAUCUGUAUAUCUUAUGUAAUAAUUGUAAAGUACAUCGGACCGAAGUUGAUGGAGAAUCGCAAGCCACUGAAUCUGAAGAACACGCUCAUUUUCUACAACUUUCUGCAGGUCCUUCUCAGCGCGUACAUAUUUUACGAAAUUGGUGCUGUUGGUUGGUUGACAGGACGAUACAGCUAUAGAUGCGAACCGGUAGACUAUUCGAAUUCACCAAAUGCUCUCAGAGCGAUACGAGCGUGCUACAUGUACUACCUGUCGAAAUUCACGGAAUUCAUCGACACGCUAUUUUUCGUGUUGCGGAAGAAGAACGACCAGAUUUCGACCUUGCACGUGAUACACCACGGUAUUAUGCCGAUGUCCGUAUGGUUCGGCGUUAAAUUCACGCCAGGUGGUCAUAGUAUGUUCUUCGGAUUUUUGAACACAUUUGUCCACAUUGUGAUGUACACUUAUUACAUGCUGAGCGCUUGUGGUCCUUCAGUUCAGAAAUAUCUCUGGUGGAAGAAGUAUCUUACCACUAUGCAAAUGGUUCAAUUUGUCGCUAUUGUUGUUCACGCCUUCCAACUUCUCUUCAUUGACUGCAACUAUCCGCGUGCGUUUGUUUGGUGGAUUGGUAUGCAUGGCAUUCUCUUCUUCUUCCUUUUCAAGCAGUUCUACGAGGAGAGCUAUUUGAAGCGUUCCAAGGGGGCUGCCGCCCUUGCCGCCACUGCUGCCGCCGCGCAAAACAAGGAAAAGAAUGGCAAGAAGCACGAACCGAAAGAGAAACCCACCACGAACGGACACGUUAAAAAUGGCUAUCAAAAUGGCGUCCAAAAUGGUGUUGUGAAAGAAAAGAACGGUGUGCAUCAGCGCCAAACAGCGCGCGAUUACUACAUCAACUCGAAUGGUGAUACCAAAUACUAAGCAAUUUCUAACGAGUUCACACGUGCGGCGAAUAAGGAUCGAAUUGUUACCAUUUGUUUCUUCCGACCGGUGCGAAAGUCGAAAUAAUUAGUACUCUAGCGUAUAAACACAAUGUGUGGUGCAGGUGAACAUUAAUAUUGUUAUUUGUUAAAUUCAAUUCGAGGAGGGUGUUAAUGUUCGAAACAAAAACGGAAAUUAUGGUAGCAAGGAAGGUAUUGGCGAAGAUGGACCCGAGAGUAAGACAAUUCUUAUGCUCAAUUUAAACAAAAAAAAACUUAGCACAAAUUAACGAUUAAACAUGUGUUUACAAAAAAAUAAAACAACUUAGAUUAAGAUUAGGAAAACAACAAGAAUCAAUAACAAACAAAACAAACGAGACACGCUAAAAACAACCGAGAAUACAAAUGUUUUAGACAAAGAUAUAUUAUACCUAUAGGUGCUAUAUUUUUACUAUGGUGUAGUUGUUAAAUUUAUUAAUUUUUAUACGGAAAUUUAUUGAAACGAAGAAACUUAUACAUAGCUAGUUGAAGAAACGAAUACUAAAAUGUAAAUACCACCAAAAUGACGUUCAUACAUGCAAUACGGAUUUGUUUCGUGGUUGUUAUCGUGUGACGCAAUCGUUUUUUUAGCCACUAGUUUCAGCGUCAAGACAAAAUGGCGAUUCUCAAAACGCGAAGGACACAGAACUAAACGAAUACGGUUUUAUUUAAAUAUCCACACAUACACGUUAUUUUCAUUAUGUGGCAUGUUUUUCAGUGACAGCCGCUUCAAUCAAUGCUAAAUUAUACAAUUUUAUUGUUUUUCUAGUUGAUUAUAUUAAGAAGUUAUCCAUAUAUAUCUAUAUAUAUGAAGAAAACCAAGGUUAUUGUUGUAUUUUUUAUACUUAAUCAAUGUAAAAAGAAUAUUGUAACUGAUUGAUUGUGUAAAUAAACAGUUUUGUUUCAA